AUGGUGCGUGUGGUGGGGGAGGAAGGGGAGGCGACGUAUAGAGAGAUUACUGUGUCGAUGCUUGGUGGAACACUUAGUGCUUUAUGUAUUGAGCUACUGCCAAGCGGAGAAUACUACAAGUUGCAUUUGCUUUCCGUGAUUAUCUGCCACGAGUGCGUGGACCAAAAAGCCUCGUCUUCUGGUGUCAUUGCCGGUGGCAAGGGCACGAGUGGUCGAGAGAGCUCCGCCCACAUUCCUCCGGCGUCGCCCAGCUUAUCGCCCCCAAAGUCAGGCUGGUGGGCGCUUGCAUGUACUGCUGCUGCCAUUCCUCCUGAUCCGGUGGUGAUGGACGCAGCAAAAGAUUCAUUAACUGCUGGAGUCUAUCGCCUCGGCUUCUGA